AUGAUGCGCCCGCUCAUAAUAGUCCUCGCCACGCUGGCCGCAGCCAAGGACCUCCAGAAAUUGCUAAGGCAAAUGACGCUGGAAGAAAAAUUAGGACUGCUCCACGGGUCGCCGAGCAACUACACCGGCGCCACGACAGCAAUCACGCGCCUCGGCGUCCCGCGGCUGCUCCUGAACGACGGGCCCCAGGGCUUCCGCGCGCCGCCUUCGUUAGACGGCACGUCCACGGCCUUCCCGAGCGGCCUCGCCGUCGCCGCGACGUUCGACGAUGCGCUCGCGGCGACGUGGGCCGCGACGAUCGCGUCCGAGUUCGCAAAAAAGGGCGCGACCGUGUUAUUGGGGCCGGGGCUCAACGUCGCGCGCGUUCCUUUCAAUGGUCGCAAUUUUGAAUAUUGCAGCGGCGAGGACCCCUACCUCGGCGCACGGAUGGCCUCUGCAAUUAUCCCGGCGAUCCAGUCCCAGAAUGUCAUAGCGACGGCGAAGCAUUAUGUGUUGAACAACCAGGAGACGGGUAGAGUGGGAGCCGAUUCUAUCAUCGACGAGCGCACGUGGCGCGAGAUCUACCUGCCGCCCUUCGAGAGCGCGGUCGCGCAUGGCGCGCUGUCCGCGAUGUGCAGCUACAACCGUAUUACGUUGGAUAACGUGACGGCCUGGGCCUGCGGGCACCGGUGUGGAAAUCAACCAGCGACGUCGCGUCGCAUGGAAAUUCCACGCCAUCGAGCUGCUGCAGUUACGUAGCUGCGUCUGCGCGAUGGUGUGGCGAUUCCACGCCAUCGACGCGACGUCGUCCCCGUGACCGCGUCGGCUCGAUGGCGUGGAGGCUCAUUAAGGUCCACGCAAUAUUUCUCAGGGGGACAAAAUCGCGUCGAUGGCGUCGGGCGUCCGAAAUCUGAUUUCCACGCAGGCGAGCACCCCACGACGCUCCAGCACCUCAAGGAACAGUCAUCAGUAUUCGUCAUGAGCGACUGGCUCGCGACGCACUCGACGCAAGCUAUUGUCAAAGGCCUGGACCAGGAGAUGCCCUCCGACUUCUACUUUGGGAGCAGGCUGCGGGACGCCGUGGAGAGCGGCGCCGUCGACGAAGCUACGAUAGAUGCGGCUUCACUAAAUGUCUUGCGGGCGAUGCAGACAAUAGGGGCCCUCGGCCGCGCGCCGCGCGGCGACUUGAUGAAGGACGUGUCGACGCCAGCGAAUAGAGAUAUCGCGCGGCGCGUCGCGGCGCAUGCGAUCGUGCUGCUCAAGAACAACAACAUCCUGCCGCUGCGCACGUGCGCGGGCCUCGUCGUACUCGGCGACCUGCAAAACUACACCGUCGGCGGCGGCUCGGGUAGGGUGGUGGGCCGCACCGUGUCCCUGACCGAUGCGUUCGAAACGCGCUGCGGUAUUGUGGAGGCCUACGCCGAUCUAGAGUCUGAAAAAGCACAAGACGCCGUCGCGACGGCCACCAACGUAUUGGUAGUGACCGGCUCACAAUCGACGGAGGGCGCGGACCGCUCUACAUUAGCUCUAGACGGCGAAGCGAUGAUCGACGCAGCGGCAAAGCUGAAUCACAACAUUAUUGUAGCGUGCGCGGCGCCGGGCGCCUUCCUCACAGGAUGGCGCGAUAGCGUCCAAGCCAUCCUAACGACGUGGCCCGGCGGCCAGGAGCUCGCCCAUGCGUUGGUCGACGUCCUUUUUGGGGAGGUGAAUCCCAGUGCGAGGCUGCCUUUGACAUUGCCGAUGACGGAGACCGACCUCAAGUUCACGCAGCGGAUGUAUCCUGGUCUACCGGACCCGGCACCUCCGAAAGGCUGCGCGGACCCAUGCUUGCGCGUUUUCUAUGAUGAAAAGUUGGAGGUCGGGUACCGACGCUACGACUCCCAUAACAUCGAGCCGGCCUACGCCUUCGGCCACGGGCGGUCCUACACGUCCUUUGUCUAUGGGAAUUUGACCGUGUCUCUCUCUCAAGUUACUUUCGACGUGCGCAACAUUGGUGGAGUCGCGGGCGCCGAGGUCGCGCAGCUCUAUGUGGUCCCACCCUCCUCACGGGGUUAUCAGCAGCUCAAGGGCUUCCACAAGACGGCCGUGCUGGCCCCCGGUCGUGUCGAGCGCGUGACGCUCCGCUUCGACGCCAGAACUUUUUCCGCGUUCCUCGACGGCGCCUGGCGGCGCAUUCCUGGUAGUCAUGAAUUGCGCGUCGGCGCGUCGUCGCGCGACGCGCGCCUGCGCGGGACCGUCGACGUCUGAGUUCCGUGGUGACGCGGCGACGGCGUGGAGUCUAGGCGUGGAGGACGCC